CUAUGAGACCCCAGCAGGAACGAUCCUAUACCAUGCACAUUUAGAUAUUGAGGCCUUCACCAUGGACCGGGAAGUGAGGAAAAUCAAGCAGGGGCUUGCCUCGAAAUUCUCCGAGCUGGUGUACAAUGGCUUCUGGCACAGCCCUGAGUGUGAGUUCAUCCGGCAGUGCAUCAGGCGCUCGCAGGAGCCAGUGGUGGGCACUGUCCACCUCUCUGUCUUCAAGGGCCAGGUCUACAUCCUGGGCAGGGAGUCCCCACGGUCACUCUACAACGAGGAGCUGGUGAGCAUGAACGUGCAAGGGGACUAUGAGCCAGCAGACGCCACUGGUUUCAUCAACAUCAACUCCCUGAGGCUGAAGGAAUAUCAUCGUCUCCAGAGCAAGGUCACCGUAAAGCAGGAUGAAUAGCAAUCAAUCGCCCG